AUGAAAAGCAACAAGACUGCGCUGAAGCCAAAGUCAACUCAACUGACGGUCCUGCCAUCAGUCGACAAGGGUCCUCAGAAAACCCCAAAAGUUGUCUUGCCACCUUUCUCCAAGGACCGGAAGAACACCCAGUCGGGGCUCAGCCUCCAUCAGCAUCCUUCGCUGCCACCGAUCUGCACGUCCCAGCAGAAAACUUCCCAUCAAGAGGCUUCUCAGCAACAAGCGGGUACACAGAGUGGCAAAACCUGCCCUGAGGAAACCUCUGGUUUCAAGGAGGAUCAGAGAGUCAACAAGACACCUUCUGUCGAAACACCUGCCAUGUCGCCUGAAGCUGUCCUGAGAGAGUCCAAGCCAUAUCUGACCGAGUAUGAGCUGGAGGAAAUCCAGGACUACGAACAGGUGUGGUACCUGGGGAAGGAGGCCAGCAAGACUCGUUACUCAAACGUCACCGAAACCCAGGAUAUGGAGUACUUCAACUCUGGCUAUGACACUGAGGAAGGAUUUUACAAAGCUAUUAUCAGUGACCACUUGGCCUAUCGCUUUGAAAUACUGGCGGUGAUUGGGACAGGCUACUCUGGACAGGUCCUCAAAUGCAUAGACCACAAGACCAUGGAGCUGGUGGCCAUCAAGGUCAUUCGAAGCAAAGACAGUGUUCAUCAGGUGGGAAAGGCUGAAGUGAGGAAUUUAGAAGCCCUGCGAGAGCUGGACAAGACCAACACGGCCAACAUUGUCCACAUGAAGGAAAACUUCUACUUCCGCAAUCACCUGUGCAUCACUUUUGAACUCUUUGAAAAGGACCUAUACAAAGCCUUAAGAGAUUCCAACCGGCGUGGACUCAGUGAGAAAGAGGUGAGAAGAUACACCACAGACGUGCUGAAGUGUCUACAGCUGCUCAAAAAGAGGAGGAUGAUCCACGGUGACCUUAAACCGGAUAACAUACUUCUCUACAAAAGGGGCAGUGAGAAGCGUACGGCAGUCUGCGACUUUGGAGGGAGCUACUUCGUGAAACACAGACGUGAGUACCAACCCCUCAUCCACACUCUGUACUACAUGUCUCCAGAGAUGCUCCUUGGCAAAAGGUGCAGCCCGGCUAUUGACAUGUGGAGCCUGGGCUGCGUGUUAGCUGAGCUCCACCUUGGUCGCUGUCUAUUUCGUGGAUGUAACUAUAAAGACCAGUUCAGCUGUAUAAUGAAGGUGCUGGGUAUCCCUCCUCCAGAGGUGCUGGUGCAAGCACCCAAAAAAAGCGACUUCUUUGGUGCUCCAGGUCCCAGCAGCAACAAAAAGCCGGCCCUGCUGAAAAGAGAAAAAAUGCCUCCAGUGCAGUUGCCACCAGUAAAGAAGACCAAAGCCAAGAAGGGUGGAAAUUAAAAGGCACAUAAAGUUACCAUAUAA